AUGAAAGGUACCCCUAUCCCAGCAACGACACGUGAAUUAUUUAAGCUUGUUUGUCCUACGACUUUGACAUGUCGAAACCGCUUGGAACUGCUUUUGGCCCCCAUCCAAUGUCGCUACUUCAGUCUCACAUCCAUCGAUCGUGAGCUUCCAGUUAUACUCAAGAGCACCCUAUACCACGCCAGCUUGUGCUCGCUUGAUCGCUCCACGACACGGAUGCGGAUGACGGAUCUAUAGCAGUAUCCGGAAAAAAACCAAACACAAUGACGUCCCAACAUCCCUCCUGGCCCCACCCCGUUCCAGUUGACCCCCAAACCCGCGAAGCCCUCGCAGCAAUAGCGCACACCCGCGCCGCGCUCUCCCUCUUCCCCUCCUGGCCACGGCACCACAAUCAAUACUCAGCCCUAAACACACAGCACAAUGACCCUACCAGUCAAUACCAACAACCCUCAGUCCACCACCCGGCCUUUCCCACACGACAACUCUGCUGCCAGCGUUGCAGGCGCUCAGACGGGCUUACGCAAAUGCCUGACCCGACGCAGCAGAAGCGCGUUUAUUUUAAAUGUGCUAUUUGCAGUAACACGGCGGCGGGCAAGAGUAGUUUCGUGUGCUGGGCGGAUGGUAAUGGGGUUUACAAAGAGAAUCCGGUUUGUGACUGUGGGGACUCGGAUGGAGAUGGGGGGCCGAGGGCUCGGGAGGAGUGGGAGGAGGAGGAGGAAGGGGUAGAAAAUGGGGUAGAAGAAGGAAGAGGGGAAGUGGAGGCUUGUGUGGACGGUGUUGGCUGGGAGAGAAGUAUAAAGACGACAGGGAUAGGACUCGGGAAGAGGAAGAGAUUGGUGUACAAGUGUGCGACGGGGUCGUGUGGGUUUAGGGCAUCGGUGCCGCCGGAGAUGGGGGACGCGACUGGGGCGGAGCGUAGAAAGGACAGUGGGGUUGGGAUGUGACUCUGGGAUGUGAGGGUACGCCGACUCAGAACGAUGAAGACAUGUUAGACGACGUGAUGAUUGGAUUUGCUUUAAACAUUCAAUUGGCUUAGCGGCCAGUGGCAGUCCCAAGGACUUGAACACGACAAUGCAACUUGGUUACAGUGUAGCGGAUGAAAAUAUGUUCAUAGGGGCGAUGUAAAUAGGUUAGGGUUUCACAAAUACACUGAGCCCACGUACAUAGGUGAUAACGAGA